UCCCUCCACGGAUUUGGAGUUGUUUCUAUUUUUUUUGGGUGCUAUUUACUUGUUGUUUUUGGUGUCUCUUUCAUGCAAAAGAGGAAGUAUGUGAAGUGAUGUGAAGUGAUCGUGGUGUUGUGCGCGCUGAUUUUUGCCCCUGUCAUUCGGGUCUUUGAACUUGGCGAGCGUUCCACCCGCCGCCUCUCCUCCCCCGCUCCUCAUCCGCGCAGUGCGUGCCGUUUCGUUUUGGGCUUCGUGCAACUCCAAAGUGUGACGCCGAUUGCGGCCAUUAUCGCGAGCUUUUCGCUUCGCCCGGUAACCGAUAAGUGUUGCGUUGUUGCCCUCGCCGCCGCCUGCAGUAAACGCUCCCCACCCCCCAAACCCCAACUCUACUCCCGCCCCAGCGCCGUCGAAGGGGGCCAGGCAAUCAGUUAUUGGCCCGCCGUCGCUCUAAUGAACGUUGAACUGCAAAUUGCAAAGUCGUACGAAAAUAACAAACAAACGCGAAAUGCGAAAUGCGAAUCCUCUCUCUCUAGCGGAACAUCCGCGUCGCUCGCAGCGAGUGCGUUCACCCCUGGAUGUGGAUGUGGGGCCGCCUAUCGGGAGAUCACUCACUUCAAGGCGGACGGUCUUAUCAAACCUCGAACCUCAUCAAGUUCUCGAACUGGCCGUCCGCCUAAGAGGAUCACACUGCCGGAUUCGAGGACUGGAACACUGGAGGACUGGAGCACUUUAGGACUCGAGGAUUGAAGAAGGAGCCGAGAUGCGGGUAGUUCAAUCAGGAAUCGGUUUCGCUCUGGCCACAUCCACAUUGAUCACGUCUAAGUCGGCUGCAAAUCCCGGAUGGUGGAUCGCAGAUCCGGAGAUUACUCAUCCAGAUGGAAAUGGAAGCGGGAAAGCAUCUCCGGUGCGGAAGUAGUGCACGACGCUCUCCGGCCCCCCGAUCUUCGUUUAGUCAUGCAUCUUGCGGGCACGGCGGGCACGGGCGUGAUACGGGGGCCAGCGCUCCCCGGCGGAGACUCUCUUCCGGUCUGCGGUCACGUGGGGAGAGUGAUCUGCGCUCUGUACUCUACGCUCUGCAUUCUGAACUGUGCAUUCGAAUCGCUGCACCGUUAGCCAAGAAUUGUUUUGGUCUCUUUGGAUGGGGGGCACCCAACAUCUUCGUACUUAAAUCACGCGGCGCUCAAUUGGCAUGCGAGUUAUGCAACAUUCUCGGAUGCGAGCGACCUUUUAAGCGCGUCUGCCCUGCUCCAAGUCAUCACUGCCACUCCAGAGCUGACCGCGCUCGCAACCAAGGUUCCACGAAAAGCAGGCACACUAGGCACACAUCAGUCCUUCAGAGUCAACUUCGUCAGAUGAGCCCAGGACCACGAGGACAAACAAGUACCAGUCAAGUUUCGAGUCAUCUAAAGUAGAGUGCCCACCAUGACGCACUGCCUUUGGUCGACACUGCUGGGCCUGCUGACCGUGCUCUCCGCCGCCACCAGCCGCUCGGUGCGGCAACUACCAAGCGCAUAUCCACCGGUGCUGCCCACCGGAUACUACGGACAGCCGCCUUAUGCUUACCCACACUACGGCUAUGGCUACCAGGCGCCACCACCCGUCUACCAGCCUUACUACGACAACGUUUUCGGCGUCUUCAAGAGCUACCCCGGCGGUGGGUUCCCUGUGCGGUUUGAUUACAACAAUCGCUGCUCACGCAACUACAUUGGCAUCAAGCCCCAUCCCGACCAGCAGCAGUACUACUACGUCUGCAAGCCCGACUGUGUUAUCUUCAGCAAAUGCCGCAGCCUUGAGAGCUUCAACGCCAGCAGCGGGCGAUGCGUGCAACACGUUCCGCAGCACAGACCGGACCACAGGCCGCCGCAGUGCGAGAAGGAGGGCCGCUUUCCACACCCCCACGACUGCAAGGUGUACUACAGGUGCGACAAAAACCGGACGCAGCCCUGGCUAUUCGCCUGCCCGGCGGGCACCAUUUUCUCGCCGGUGGAGCGCAAAUGCUUGCCCGGCGACCAGUGCCCCUCGACGGAGAUAUCGGACAGUGGCAGCUACAUUCCCCAGAACUGCGAGCUGAAGUUUCCCGAGUGCGCCGAGGAAGGCACGUUCCGCUCCCCGACGGACUGCGCCCUCUACUACACGUGUCGAUUGCAGGCAAGUGGCACCUAUCUGCAGACACGAUUCAAAUGCCCCGGCAGCAAUAGCUUCGAUAUCGAGCGAAAGCUGUGUCGUCCCCGCAGUGAAGUCGACUGCUUUGACUUUGUUCCGGGUCCGGUGCAGGUACCCUACGCCCCACAGCCCUACUAUCCACCCUAUCCCGCUGCACCACCGCUCUACGAAGAGGACGACUACGAUACGGAAGCUAGGGAACAGCAGCCUGCCCUUAAGUCCGAAAAGCUACAGCUAACGGCGCAGGCCUUUGAAAGACCAUCAUUGAAUGUGGUAGAGCUGCCAAAGAGUGCGGAACCUACCCCUGUUUCUGCCUAUCAUAAAUAUUCCGCCUAUCCCUCGUACCAUCGCGGCAAGGAAACGGCUGCAGAAAACUUAGAAGUUGAGGAGGAGGGCGUUCCGCGCAAACUAAAGCUCUCGGAAAACAUUGCCUUCGUACCAGAUGAUACAGCUACUCGUGAGCCUUUAAAGGAUACUAGUAAUUAUCAAUACAAAAGGUACACCUAUGGUACAGACAAGAACGAUGUCACGGAGGCUCCGGAACUCAAAUCACCAUUAAAGGGCUUGCAUCUUUCGCAAAAUAUUGUCAUUCUCUCAACUGAACCUACAAAUCCUACAACGCCUACAACAACUACGAGCAAACCAGCGGUGCAUACAUGCCCCACUAUUGCAACACAGGGUACAACGCCCAAACCAAGCACAACUACCACAGUGAGAAAUACCACCCCAAUAAUUUCAAGUACGGAACCACAUAGCACAGCGUCCGCGAAACCUACUACUGGAAGACCAACAACAGUUACUGAGAAAACCUCACCAGCUACCGAAAAACCGAGGACUACUACAGUGACAUCAACGACUCAUAAACGAAGUACGACCACUCACAACACUUCUCACAAAACGUCAACAGCUUCUAGCACUACCAAAAACAUAACAACUUCUCCUCGAACUACAAAAAAUACAAAGAAACCACAUAGUACCACUCCAAAAUUCAGCACCACGACUCAGAAAAGAACAACGACUACUCACAAAUCUACUGCAGCAACAACUACUUCUGAGAAACCAAAGUCGACUACUGAGAAAACAUCAACAGCUGCCACUACCACUAAGAAAUCUACGGAAAGUUCCCCUAAACCUUCAAGCACUACGGAAAAAACAAGUACAACUCCCAAACGUUCAACAACAACGACACCAACGACAACUACAGUCACAUCCACUACUCCAAUAACAACAACCACCACUUCGAGAUCCUCCACGGAAAGUACGUCAUCUCAACACCCAACAACAGCUACCACUCAACCAACAACAACGACGACUGCGAAGUCAACACCUACGAAAAAACCAACAACUAUUGCCCCGAAAUCCUCUACAACAACAACGACCACGGAAAAGCCAACAACUACUACUAGUACUACUACUUCAACAACGACCCAAAAGACGACACCGACAGCGCCAACAACAACUAAAUUCACUACCACAACCCAAAAACCGGCCACAAUUACACCGGAAACUACAUCUAUUCAACACUCAACAACAACUACACCUCAACCAACAAAAAAGACGACUCGGAAGUCAACCACUACGCCACAACCAACAACGAUCGCUCCAAAACCAUCUACAACAACAACGACCACGGAACAGCCAACAACUACUACUACUGCUGUACCAGCAACAACGGCACAGAAGACGACUACACACAAACGGGAAACAACUCCACAGAAGACCUCUACUAUAACACCUACCAACAAAACAACAACAACUAAGAAUCCAGAGCCUACGACUCCGAAACGUACUACUCCGAAAACAUCACCAAGCACUGAAAGGACAACGAUUAGUACUUCCAAGCCUACCACCGAAAAAAGUACCGAAAAUCCAACUACGGCCUCUGUGAAGACUUCUGCAUUACCUAGCUCCACAAGUACUACUUCCGAAUCGACUACAACGACCCAGAAAACAACAACGACGACUCCGAAGCCAACUACGCUGAAAACUUCUACUCAGGAACCAAUAUCUUCUACUCAUGAAGCUUCAACGGUUUCUACUACCACGAAGAAGGCUACAGAAAGUUCUCCGAUACCUACACUAAGCACGGAAAAACUAACUACAACUCCCAAACCGCUGACAACAACGCCUCCAACAACUACAGUGACAUCCACUACUCCAAUUACUACAACCACCAUUUCGAAAUCCUCUACGGAAAGUACGUCGUCUCCAAAGCCAGAAUCUACUACUCCUAAACCCACAACAACGACGACUACAUCGUCUCCAAAGCCAGAAUCUACUACUCCUAAACCCACAACAACGACGACUACAAAGACAACAACCAUAUCUACUCAAAAUCCAAUCACGUCCAGUCCGAAAACCUCCUCGGCAACCAUACCCACACCAAAACCAAGUUCCAGCACACAAAGGCCGACCCCAACAACUCGCCAUCCGACAUCAGUUACGUCACCAACCACAAGUAUCGGAACCACGAAGAUUCCAACUACCACUACCCCGCAAGUCUCCACCGCCUCGACUGCAGUGACCACUGUGACGCGACCGCCAUGUCCCGAUCCCGACUCCACCUCAGAUCAGAACACAAAUCCUGCAUGCACACAAGAACACCAACAAGUGAACCUACUUGAACUACAAUCACCACAGAAACAAGAAAAGCUCAUCCACACACAAACCAACACGGCAUUUACCGGAAGUAGGAACCCUUUGGGCGGGCAGGAAGUGCCUGACUACAUGGACGAUGCACCGUCCUCCGCCGAUGCGGAAUCAGGGCAGGCAACCACAGCCAGGGCUCCAACCAUGUCCACCCUGGCGGCGGCCCACCUUCUGCAGAAACUGUUUCACAUAAUCUCCACCACGCCGCCGAGCAAGGAGCAUGCUCCCACUGAGCGACCAUCCAGUCAGCUGUCCUCCAGCCCGCGUCCGCGAGGAGUGACCAUUGCUCAGAUGGCCAGGCACAACCUGGCCACCUCCAAGCCCUUUAUCGCCCACUCUCUACGGCUCUCCAUCCAGCAGCUGGCCUCCACCCAGAAGCGCUCUAUUCAACCCAAGGCCCUUGUCACGCACAACACUACCAAGAAGGAGCCGGAGGACUCCGAGUACUACGACAGUGAGACAUCGGAGCAGUACGCGGACGAGGACAACGAGGUACUGGACAAAACGCAGCCAAGGGCAAUGUCCAGCACCACUGUGCCCGCAGUGAGCCCUGAGGCUCCGUCUACGACCACUGAGCCACAGGCACAUGAAUCCACUUCUGUGCCCAGUUCGACCAAGCCAGCUCCCUCCACCACAGCCCUGCCCAUUGAGUCGACAACUGGAGAGCCGGACUACGGCGACAGCUCUGGCGGCUCUGACUAUGUCAAUGACGCGAAUGACAUUUCGAGCGGAGUAGUCACCAGCCUGGAGGCCAGGAAGAACUUCCUGCUCAGCCUCCUGAAGCAGCGCCUAACUCAUACGGAAGUGAAGAAGCCAUCGCCGGCUAUGACCACAUCCACAACCACAGGUGCCCCUCAGACAUCGAGCAGCAGUAAAAGUCCUGCGUCCACCACAAGCGAGAGCACUGUUUCGCCCACGAGUUCGACCGCAAGACCAGCUCUGACUGCUAGUAAGCACUUACGUCCAGAGGCACUCAGUCAGAGGCAGAAGAGUUCGACACCUCUGAGUGCGGAAUACUAUGAUGAGGACGACGACUACAUGGAAGACGAGCCCACUGCUUCUUCUGAUGCUGACCAAAAAGAGCGUGGCGCAGUCUUAGUAGGGGAUAAGCCACCAGCAGCCACCGCCAAGCGGCAAGUGGCACUUCCAUCCGCGCAGCCUCUCAAACAGACGAUGCUCAAUAUAUUAGCAACCAGGAGCGAGGCAAACGAGGUGGAAGUGAAAGCCACAUCCAACGGAGCGCAGUUUAGGAAACUCGGUAGCAAGGAAAGUCGGGUUCCCACCGAAAGUCCAACCAACAGCGUAUCAGUAGUUGCCGAGGCUCUUAGCCGAAGACUGGCCGCCAAAUUUGGGCAACCUUCUGGACCAAACGUGCCACACACAUCUGAUCCAAAGCCAACCGACUCAGUCAUGCAAACAACGAUACAAAGCAGAGUACCACAAACUGAAUCAUCUUCGCAAACACCACCAUCGACAUCUGCAACAACACCAGCAACACCAGCGACACCAGCAACACAAGCGGCACAAGCGACACAAGCAACACAAGCAACACAAAAACAUCGAACAGGCGAAUCGGGAAAACAAAAACCAGAGUCAAUCGCACAGAGUACCCAAGAAAUAGUCACACAGACCACUCCAGAAUCAGCGCCACCAGCAACAGCAACCGCAACAGCAACACCUGUGCCCGUCGCAGUGCGCCAGGAAGUGCUGUCGGUGAACAGCAGGCCCUGGUUGCUGGCGGCGCGCAACCAAACCGUCCAUCUUACACCCAUCUCCUCCAUAUCGUCCAUCUCCGCCGCCGCUCGAGCGCCGAGCAACCCAGUGAGCCUCGCUAACCGUUCGUUCAAUCCAUUAGUGUCCAGUCCCGAGGACCACUCCACGGAGAAGGUGCCGCAGCUCAUCGUGAAGGUGUACGAGCCCAUCGACCUGAAGAUCGUCUUCUGUCCGAAGUCCUGCGACCAGGACCACGAUCACAAAUUCGACCCAGCUGAUAAUAUUAAGACGUCCAACUGCACGGGAGGCUGCGACGAGGAGGAGGAGCGGAUCCACAAACAUGUCGACAUCCAGUGGAAGCCACUGGAGCUGACCGACAUCGCUGGCUUCCGCAACGCAGCAUAGAAACACGACGACGCCCACGGAAUUUCCGUAGUACGAUUGCUCUAACAUAGAACCUUUACCUUUACCUUUACCUAUACCUAGUACCUAUAACUACAAUAAAUACCAUACUUUAAAUCAA